AUGAAAUCUACCUACUUCGAUGCGCUGCAGCAGCCUUAUCACCAUUUCACGAGCACGAUGUCGGAUCCAUUUGCUCAUGUCGGAGUUGACCCAGUGACGAUACGAAGUAUUGAGCCUCUCGAUGAUGCUGCACUUAUUCCAGGUGCCUAUGAUGCCUUUACGUUAUAUGGUCCGCCAACCCUGCCGCUGUACCCAACCCAAGACGCCACGGAACAUACAGUCAUGCCCGUUGGCAGGGUGGACUCGAAGGCUAGAGAGGGGGUCGAGGAUGGCAUAACGAGCAAGACAUCCAGAAGCGGCAAGGAGAAAGCGUUGACAAUCACUCCCGCGCAAAAGAGACGGAAGGCACAGAAUAGAGCAGCCCAAAAGGCCUUCCGCGAGCGUAAAGAGCGCCAUGUACGCGACCUUGAAGCAAGAAUCUCUGCGUUCGAGAAAAGCUCACACUCCCUCCAGUCAGAGAAUGAGUGGUUGAGACUUGCCUUGCAGUGUGUCCGCAGCGAGACGGAAAGCCUAUGCGAUACACUCAGUCUAUUCCCUUCUUCGUCAAGCACGGUAUCGGUCAGCUGUCUCUUGCCAGACACUGACGUGUAUCUCCCAUAUGAGGAGAGUAGUUACAAGAAGUCUAACAUGCAACCACCUGAUAAUGGUAGCGUUGCCAAGGCCGCUGACAAAGAGCAUGCUGCUUCUCGAUGCAAGGUCAAGUGCAAGGAGGUCUCCUUUGCCCAGGCCUGGGACCUCGUACAGUCACAUCCGCUUGUUAAGCAGGGUCUAGUUCGAGUUGUUGACGUCUACGAGCGACUGAGAGGCGCGUUAAAGUGCAACGGUCACGAUUUCGUCUUUGAGGAGAGCACAAUAUGGCAAGUCAUUGAGGACUUGAGACAAAGUGGUGGAGAUGAACUCAUGUGA